AUGGUCAAUACGUCAUACGAACCACAAGUACAGCUGGAACAGGGCUCUGCAGCCACUGCAGUGCCUGCUACUCAACCCCAAGGAGAAGCACGUCAACUUCUGGACUAUCGCUCUUGGCUCUGUAUGCAGCCAGCUAGCUGGGCUAAACCUCAGCCUUCAAAACCCAUACCCCGAAAACCGAAGCGAGUGAGGACCGACUUCACAACACCGCAAGUGAACGAGUUGGAGACAGCAUACGCAAAGUUCCGUUACCUCAAUCAAGCUCGACGCACGCAGCUGGCGAACAAACUGCAGCUAAAGGAACAUACAAUAAAAAUUUGGUUCCAAAACCGGCGCAUGAAAGAAAAAAGGGAGCUUGCGGAGGCUCAAGAAUCCUUUGGAGAAGUUUAUGAAGCAGUCCCACAGCGGAUCCUUCCAUGCUAUCCAAGCGUAGCGCAAACUUAUCCAGCAGAAACUGUACCGUUUGCUCAAAAUAGUACACAAGAACAAUAUGAUUACUCCCGAUACAUGCACAGGGACAAUGUUUCCCCAAGCAAUGUACAGGGAUCGUUUGAACCACAUGUUCUGCCUCAUACUCAAACAGUUUAUCCGCUAAUAGAUUCUCAAGAAGUUACUUCACUGGGGUCUACUAAAGAAGAAAUUGUUCAGAAUCUGUUCCUCAUUGAACAGCAGUACAUGGCAAGGCACACAGAUCCGAGUCCAACUGAAGAUGAACAUUCCUCACCUUAUUUCAAUCCGGAGCAAUCAUGUAUGUAUGGGGAUACGACUCCAUUUGCCAGUAUCCCUGAACAACAAUACCCCACCCACUCUGAAUUGAACGCUUAUCCCGAAUCAGAAGAAGAUCUGUCUACAGCAGAACAGCUGAUUCAAAAUAUUCCCUCAAAUCUGAUGGAGUUGCCGUGUGACAUAUACUUCGAAGACGUUAAUAUUUAUUAUAGUAACAAAUGGUCUUCAAAUUCGAGCUAA